AUGACUUCUCUAGACAUCCAAAAAGAAAUUGUGACUGCAUGUAAGAUAGAAACAAUUAAGGCUAUAAUAGAGGAUCUAAAUGGUGACUACUUUUAUUUAUUAGUUGAUAAAUCUUUUGAUGUCUCACGAAAAGAGCAAAUGGAUAUUGUUUUAAGAUAUGUUGAUAGAAAAGGAUUUGUGAUGGAAGCAUUUAUUGGACUUGUUCAUGUUCCUGAUACUAGUGCUUUAUCCCUAAAGAAAGCAAUUGUUAACGUACUUGCUCAUCAUUCAUUAAGUUUAUCUUCUAAAAAGGAGCAUGAUAUUCUGAUACCCAAUUUUGAUGAGCCAUGUGCUAACUCUGAAAGAUUACGACGUAAACUUGUUGAUCAUACUACUUUACAUCAUUAUCGCGUGGAUGUGUUUUAUAAGAUUAUUGAUUGGCAACUUCAAGAACUUAACGGUCAUUUCAAUGAGGUGACAAGUGAUUUAUUUCAUGGAGUAGCUUGCAUGAAUCCAGUUGAUUCAUUUUCUAGUUUUGACAUCACGAAGAUAGUAAGAAUGGCUAAAUUAUAUCCUGAUGACUUUGAUGAAUUUAAUUUGCGUGUCCUUGAGAAUCAACUUACUAAUUAUAUUGUUGAUGUACGUGAUAUUAAUCAAAGGUUCUCCAAUUUAGGUGGACUUGAUGAACUUUCAAAAAAACUAGUUGAGACAAAGAAGUAUAUUACUUAUCCUCUUGUAUUAUGCUUAGUGAAACUUGCUUUGCUUCUCCUAGUUGUCACUGCAACCGUUGAAAGAGUUUUUUCUGCAAUGAAGUUUAUCAAGAAUGACUUGCGGAAUCGAAUAAAUGAUGAAUUGUUGGACGGUUGCAUAGUGCCUUAUGUAGUACAAGGACUUCAGAUACCAGAGGCACUACCAGCCCAGCCAGCUGCAGCUGCUCAGGCCCCGGUAGUUUCUGUUAUGGCAGAAGAUAAACAAAGGAGACUUGAGAGAUUUGAGAGGCUUCAACCUCCACCAUUCAGCGGUACUGAGUCAGAGGAUGCUUAG